CUGGAAAAGUAGUAGAGUAGGGCCCCUCUGAGGAUUACUUUACCCAGUGAGCUUUCUAUCCCAGUUCAGUGAUAUAUAAUAAUUGUUCUUUAUAUUAAAAAUAUCUUAGCCACUGCAAAGCUAGGCCUUACUUCUCUGGUUUAUCAGACCAUUAGGCAUCAAGCAGAGAAGGGGACACUUGGGAAUUUUGAGCAUGACAAGGGGGUUAAGAUUCUUGUAUUGGCCCCUGUGGCCUCUGGCCCUGUUCAGCCUGCUCACUACAGUGAAGAUGCUGGAAUUUGGCGGGGCGCCCGGCCAGUGGGCACGCUACGGACGCUGGGAAGCUGGAUCAGUGGGAGAGCUGAGCUUUAGUCUCAAGACCAACAUCAGCAAAGCCUUGGUACUCUACCUGGAUGAUGGCGGCAACUGCGACUUCUUGGAGCUCCUGAUCGCUGGUGGGCGCCUCCAGCUGCGCUUCGCCAUCCACUGUGCCGAGCCGGCCACAUUGCACAUGGAGACACGCGUGAAUGAUGACCGCUGGCACAUGGUCUUGCUCACCCGCAACUUCCGUGAGACCCUCCUGAUGGUGGAUGGUGAGACAAAAGUGGCUGAGGUCAAGUCCAAGAGGAAGGAGAUGGCGGUGGUGAGUGACCUGUUCGUGGGUGGGAUCCCGCCUGAUGUGCGCCUCUCUGCACUGACGUCCAGCACGGUGAAGUACGAGCCACCUUUCCAGGGUUUGAUCUCCAAUCUGAAGGUGGGGGAGAUGCCUCCUUCUUUGUUAAAUAGCCAGGGCAUUCAGAGCGACCUGGAGUACCUCUGCACCAAACAGAACCCGUGCUUCAAUGGAGGGUUUUGCUCUAUUCAGUAUGGAGAAGUUCACUGUGACUGCACCCACACUCGCUUCAAGGGGAAGUACUGCAAGGAAGCUGAAGAGUAUGUUGUUGAAGGUCUGGCGCACCUGACGUUAAACGACCAAGGUGAUUCAUCUCAAAUCGGUAAGGAAGAGUCGGUAGCCACCUUCAAGGGCAAUGAGUUCUUCUGCUACGACCUGUCGCUGACGCCCAUCCAGAGCAGCACGGACGAGAUCACGCUUUCCUUCCGCACACUGCAACGCAACGGCCUGAUGCUGCACACUGGCAAGUCGGCAGACUACGUAAACCUGUCUUUGAAGAGCGGCGCAGUUUGGCUGGUCAUCAACCUGGGCUCGGGGGCAUUCGAGGCCCUGGUGGAGCCCGUGAAUGGCAAGUUCAACGACAACGCCUGGCAUGAUGUGCGCGUCACCCGCAACCUGCGCCAGCACGCAGGCAUUGGACACGCUAUGGUGACCAUCUCAGUGGAUGGUAUAUUAACCACCACUGGUUACACCCAGGAAGAUUACACCAUGUUGGGCUCUGAUGACUUUUUCUACAUUGGAGGGAGCCCCAACACCGCCGACCUGCCGGGAUCCCCAGUCAGCAACAACUUCAUGGGCUGCCUUAAAGACGUGGUGUACAAGAACAAUGACUUUAAGCUGGAGUUGUCGCGGCUGGCCAUCGAGCGUGACCCUAAAAUAACCCUGAACGGUGACCUAGUGUUCCGCUGCGAGGACGUGGCAGCCCUGGACCCUGUCACCUUCGAGAACCCAGAGUCCUACAUCUCCCUGCCCAAGUGGAACACCAAGAAGACUGGAUCUAUCUCCUUUGACUUCCGCACUACGGAGCCCAGCGGCCUCCUGCUGUUUAGCCAUGGCCACCCUCAGGGUCCCAAAGAGCAGAAGCCCGGUAGGGAACUGAAGACUGAUUACUUUGCCAUGGAGCUGCUGGAUGGGUAUUUGUACCUGCUGAUUGAUAUGGGCUCUGGAAAAACAAAGUUGAAGGCCAGCAACAAGAAGGUCAAUGACGGGGAAUGGUGCCAUGUGGAUUUUCAGAGGGAAGGGAGGAAAGGAUCUAUCUCAGUUAACAGCCGCAGCAUGCCCUUCAGCUCCCCAGAGGGCAGUGAAAUCCUGGACCUGGACAGUGAUAUGUACCUGGGCGGGCUGCCCGAGUCUAAGUCGGACCUCAUCCUGCCACCCGAGGUUUGGACGGCGCUACUUAACUACGGCUACGUAGGCUGCGUCCGCGACCUCUUCAUUGACGGCAAGAGUCGCGACGUCCGCCGCCUGGCUGAGAUCCAGAGCGCGCUUGGUGUCAGCAGUUUCUGUACCCGUGAGCUGCAGAAGCGAUGUAGCAGCACCCCCUGUGGCAACGGAGGUCUGUGCAAAGAGGGCUGGAACCGCUACAUAUGUGAUUGCAUCGGCACCGGAUACCUGGGUACAAACUGUGAAAUAGAGGCGACGGUGCUGAGUUACGACGGCAGCAUGUACCUGAAGAUCAUCAUGCCGGUCACCAUGCACACGGAGGCCGAGGACUUGGCGCUGCGUUUCAUGUCUCAGCGGGCAUACGGUCUGCUCAUGGCCACCACCUCCAAGGAGUCAGCGGACACCCUGCGACUGGAGCUGGACGGAGGCCGCAUUAAGCUCACCGUGAACCUUGAUUGUAUCAGGAUAGACUGUAGCCUCAGCAAAGGACCCGAGACACUGUUCGCGGGGCAGAAGCUGAACGACAAUGAGUGGCACACGGUGAAGGUGGUGCGAAGAGGAAAGAGCCUGCAGCUGUCUGUGGAUAACGUUACGGUGGAAGGCCAGAUGACUGGUGCCCACACACGGCUCGAGUUCCACAAUAUCGAGACAGGCAUCAUGACUGAGCGGCGCUUCAUAUCCGUGGUGCCCUCGAACUUCAUUGGCCAUCUCCAGGGUCUGACCUUCAACGGGGUGCCCUAUCUAGACCAGUGCAAAAAUGGGGACAUCUCCUACUGCGAACUAAAUGCCCGCUUUGGCAUGCGCCACAUCAUUGCAGAUCCAGUGACGUUUCGAACGAAGGGCAGCUACUUAGCUUUAGCAACUUUACAAGCUUACGCCUCCAUGCACCUCUUCUUUCAGUUCAAAACCACCACGCCUGAUGGCCUGAUGCUCUUCAACUCUGGAGAUGGGAGCGACUUCAUUGUUGUAGAACUGGUGAAGGGGUAUGUCCACUACGUCUUUGAUCUCGGCAACGGGCCAUCACUAAUGAAGGGCAAUUCAGACAAGCCACUCAAUGACAACCAGUGGCACAACGUGGUGGUGUCCCGGGAUGCCAACAACGUACAUACUCUCAAGAUCGACUCACGAACCGUUACUCAGCACUCCAAUGGAGCCCGCAACCUGGACCUCAAAGGGGAGCUGUACAUCGGUGGCGUGAUAAAGAACAUGUACAGCAAUCUGCCCAAGCUGAUUGCAUCCCGGGACGGGUACCAAGGCUGUUUGGCCUCCGUGGACCUGAAUGGGAGACUCCCUGACCUGAUUGCAGAUGCCCUCCACAGGGUGGGCCAGGUGGAACGAGGCUGCGAUGGACCCAGUACCACCUGUACGGAGGAAUCCUGCUACCAUCAGGGGGUGUGUCUCCAGCAGUGGGAGGGCUUCACCUGUGACUGUACCAUGACGUCCUAUGGAGGUUCAUUUUGCAACGAUCCUGGGACAACUUACAUCUUCGGGCGAGGCGGAGCCCUCAUCACAUAUACCUGGCCACCCAAUGACCGGCCGAGCACACGGGCAGACCGGCUGGCAGUGGGCUUCAGCACGCAGCUGAAGGAGGCUGUUCUGGUCAGGGUAGAGAGUGCCAAGGGACUGGGAGAUUACCUGGAACUGCACAUAGAACGGGGAAAGAUCGGCGUGAUCUUCAACGUGGGAACGGACGACAUAACCAUUGAGGAGAGCGCGGUGAUGGUGAGCGACGGCAAAUACCAUGUGGUGCGAUUCACGCGCAGUGGUGGCAACGCCACACUACAGGUGGACAACCAGCCUGUCAUCGAACGUUUCCCUUCAGGGAACUUUGAUAAUGAGCGCCUGGCUAUUGCUAGACAAAGAAUCCCAUACCGACUCGGUCGGGUAGUUGACGAGUGGCUACUCGACAAAGGUGGUUGA